AUGACUCUUCCCUGCUCACGACAUUGGACCAACAGAGCGGAUGUUCGACAGCAUUCUACCAGGCAGAGCUGCUGGCUGAUUAUCAGCAACGUCGUUUACGAUGUGACUGAUUUUGUGGACUUACACCCUGGCGGCUCUUCCAUCAUCAUGAAGUAUGCCGGCCGCGACGCCACAAAGGCCUACGAAUCCAUUCACCCGGCCGAUACUCUCGCAAAGCACCUGACUUCACGACAAAAUCUCGGUCCUAUUGCUGCGGAGGCCUCAUCUUCGGUACAUAGGCCUCCAAAGCCAGGCAACCGAGAGCUCAAGGCUGUCAAGGCGGCGGUUCCCAAACAGAAAAUGGUCAAGCUAUCCUUAAUCAUCAACAUAGCAGACUUUGAAUCGGCUGCUUCUCGGAAGCUUCCGCCAGGAUCGUUUGCGUUUUUCAAAAGUGGUGCUGAUGAUGAAGAUGCCGUCAAUUGGAACCGUGACAGUUGGAGGGCAAUUCGUUUCCGGCCGCGGGUCCUCCGGCCAGCAGAAAAGAUUGACACCUCAUGCACCAUCUUGGGAACUAGAUUCGCUGCCCCAUUCUUCAUUUGCCCGGCCGGCGGCGGGAAACUGGCCCACCCCGAAGGCGAUGUGCUUCUGACAAGAGCCGCUGGUAGGCAUGACAUCCUGCAUUGGGUGUGCAACAACUCCAGCUGCACUCAGCAAGCCAUGGCGGAAGCACGCCUACCAAAUCAGACGACCUACUGGCAGAUUUAUGCCAUGGCGGAUUUGGUAGUCACUGAGCGUGAAAUCAAGCGAGCUAUUGAGCUGGGUUACAGAGGCUUCGCUUUAACUGUCGACGCUAUCCGGGCGGGGAAGCGAGAGCGUGAUUUGCGCACUCGACUUUCCGAAGCGGAAGAAAUUGAAGAAGGAAGAGGGGAAGAAGAGAGCGAAGGCUUCGCCAAAGAACCGGCGGUUACACGACCGCCAGUCUGGUCCAGUUUCGACUGGGUUUCAGCAGUGGGAUGGCUUCGGCGCCUGACGGACCUGCCUAUUGCCAUCAAAGGCAUUCAGUGUUGGGAAGAUGCAGCCUUGUGCAUGCAUUACGGUGUUCACCCUUGGAUCUCCAACCAUGGAGGUCGACAACUCGACGGAGCACCAUCCUCAGCAGAGACGCUGAUAGAGAUCCGCAAGCACUGCCCCGAGGUUCUGGACAAGUGCGAGGUCAUUGUCGAUGGCGGCAUAUACAGAGGUUCUGAAAUAGUCAAGGCCAUCGCACUUGGGGCAAAAGGUGUGGGUCUGGGUAGGGCUUUUUUGUAUUCUCUGGUCUUCGGUGAAGCCGGGGUCAGCAAGGCGAUUCGUAUUCUCAAUCACGAGCUCGAGACCACAAUGGCACUUUUGGGUGUGACUUCGCUCGAUCAGCUCAAUUCAUCUUAUGUACGUGUCGUCCCAGCUUGA